GCCUCCUAAUUGAAGGCGAAGAAGAAGAAGAAUCUUGUCCAGUAUGCUCCGAAUGUGCCUCUAAAUGUGCUUGAAAUGUGAGGAAAGUCGAUCUUCACGCCUUGUCUACUGUACCUGUCAUAGCCUGCAUACCAUGGGUGAAUAUCAGCUCCAUCUGAACUUUACUGUCUCGACCGGAGAGGACUGUCUCUGUUUUUGUGGUUCGUGUUGUUAUUUCAGCUAGCACUAACCUCGGCUAAAUUAGCUCACGCUGCUGUUUUGACUUCAGCGACACUGAUGCCGAGUCGUUGCUGCAGGGCAAAGCCCCGCAAAACAAGGAGACUCCACAGCAAGUAGCAGGAAUAAGAAACCAAUCCGAAUAAUGUUCAUGUGAGGUCGUGAUAAACUGGCGUCUUACGAGGGUCCGAUGCCACCCCGCUGCACACAACUGCUGAGCUUUUAAAAGAAACAACUCAGCCCAAACAUGUUAGUGCGCGUAAGGUCAGCCAACACACACACGAUACGCUUUAACGUGAACCAGCUGGCGUCCUCGCUGUCUGCGUGUUUCGGGACGGAGCAGCGGACUGCCGCUGGGCAUCUGUCUGAGUGAAAAGUCAAACAUGUCUUGCAAAGCCGCCACCAAGGACAAGAAGUCCAGCUUCAGCAAGAAGCUGUUCAGGCGAGGCUCUGUCCGCUCCGUGGGCAGUUUUAUGAGCAGAGUCCUGAGGACAUUAACAACAUUAUCACACUUUGGAUCUGAGGUACAAACAAAGGAUGACAAAGACGAUGGAGGCUUCUCCACUUUUAAAUCUGGAAACAAAGAUGCCCCCAUGGAAGAUGGAGACCUGGGAGGAUUUCUCUCAGGAGAGAGAGUUCCUGGGGUGUCAGGUCUGAAAAACCACGGGAAUACCUGCUUUAUGAAUGCUAUUCUGCAGUGCCUCAGCAACACCGAGCUGUUUGCUGAGUACCUUGUUUUGGAGCACUACAAGGGCGAGGAGUUGGAUGAGGACAGGCCAAAGACAAAUGGCAUGCAUUUGCAGAAGAAAGGACUUCUGGGUAAAGGAGAAGUGACCGAGCAACUGUCAGGACUUGUUCGAGCUUUGUGGACGUUUGAGUACACACCCCAGCACAGCAGAGACUUCAAGAAUGCCGUCUCCAAAAAUGCCACUCAGUUUAAAGGGAACGCUCAGCACGAUGCUCAGGAGUUUCUGCUGUGGCUGCUGGACAGAGUGCAUGAAGAUAUCAACACCAUCCACCCCAACUGCAGGCCUGCUAUAAAGCCUCCCAUAGAAGAAGAUGACCAGAGCAUAGAGGGGCCGUCCCCCCCCCUCUCUGCUGGGUCGUUUGUACAGGAACUGUUUCAGGCGCAGUACAGGUCUUCUCUUACCUGCCCACAUUGUCAAAAACAGAGCAACACCUUUGAUCCCUUCCUCUGUAUCUCCUUACCCAUUCCGCUACCACACACUCGGCCUCUGUAUGUGACGGUGGUCUACCAGGGGAAGUACUCUCACUGCAUGAGGAUCGGAGUUGCUGUUCCUCUCAAAAGUACCGUCUAUCGCCUGAGAGAUGCCGUGUCACGUGAAACCAAGAUCCCUCUGGACCAGUUUGUUUUGACAGAAAUGUAUUACGACGGCUUCCAUCGUUCAUUCUGCGAUGAUGACGAUGAUCUCAACAUCAUUCAAGAGAGUGAUUCCAUCUUUGCCUUUGAGACCCCAGAGACCUUCAAACUGGAAAAUAUACGCACGAAAAGAGGGAGCCUUCUGGCAAACCUGAAUCACAACAGUUUUCAGUAUGGGACAGAAAUCAGCAGGACUCCGUCCUUCAUGCAGGGGGCAGUGACUCCCGUAACCGGAUCGCCCAAUAAAAACCUUGGGCCAGAAAAGAUGAUCCUUUUAGUGUGUAACAGAGCGUGUACAGGCCACCAGGCAAAGAGGUUUGGCUUGCCUUUUGUUCUGUACAUGGAGCGCACUGUGACCUGGGAUGCUCUGCAAAAGGAGAUCCUGGAAAAAAUGCGCCAUCUUUUGAGGCCGGGUGUCUACAUUCAGGUUGGACCUUUCAGUCUUCGAGUGGUUGGCGUUGUUGGUAUUACCUACCUCCUUCCCCAAGAUGAACGACCACUGUGUCACCCAACUGUUGAAAGAGCGUACAAGUCCUGUGGACAAGGAGGACCUCCUCAUGUGAAGAUUGUGGUUGAGUGGGACAAAGAGACCAAGGACUACCUGUUUGGACACACUGAGGAGGAGUAUAUUCCAGAUGCUGAGAGCGUUUAUCUGCACAGACAACAACACCAUCAGCCGCAGGCCUGCAGCCUCGCUCAGUGCUUACAGCUCUACACUAAGGAAGAGCAGCUGGCUCCUGACGAUGCCUGGCGCUGUCCCCACUGUAAGCAACUGCAGCAGGGCCGGAUAAAGCUGAGCCUAUGGACGCUGCCCGACGUGCUCAUUCUGCACCUGAAGAGGUUCAGACAGGAGGGGGAUUGGAGGGUGAAGAUGCAGAACAUGGUGAGGUUCCCACUCAUGGGGAUGGACAUGGCUCCACAUGUGGUCAAAAGAAGCCAGAGCAGCUGGAGUUUACCCUCUCAUUGGUCACCAUGGAGACGGUCCUAUGGCCUUGGAAGAAACCCUGAUGACUUCCUGUAUGACCUGUACGCUGUGUGUAACCAUCAUGGCAACAUGCACGGAGGCCACUACACCGCUUACUGCAAAAACUCUAUAGACGGUCAGUGGUACUGCUUUGAUGACAGUGAGGUGUCACCCGUAGCUGAUGACGAUGUUUGUCAGCAGACGGCGUAUAUUCUGUUUUAUCAGAGGAGGACUGCUAUUCCCUCCUGGUCUGCCAACAGCUCUGUUGCUGGUUCCACCAGCUCGUCCCUAUGUGACCACUGGAUUAACAGGCUGCCUGGCAGCAGACCUGCUAGCUUGGCCUCAGGAGCCUCUUCCAGACGCACGUCUCUGGCUUCGCUAGCCGAGUCAGUAGAGUUUCCCGCAGAGCGUAAUGAGGAUGAUGGAGGGUUCUCUGUCCGCCCAUUUGUAAGAAGCAUUCAGCGCCAGAGCUUGUCCUCCAGGUCGUCUAUCGCUAGUCCUUUAGCCUUCUGUGACAGCGGGAUAAAGCCUUCCUGGUCUCUUUCUGCCAAGCUUCAAAUUAGAUCCAACUCGCCCUCACGUUUCUCCCUCGACUCCCGCUGUUCCCCUCCUCUGGAGAGGAUUGGAGAGGUGUGCGAUGACAAGGUUUCCACAUCUUGUUUUGGCAGCUACAGUAAACAUGAGCGCUACUUUGGCAGCAGGACUCCUUUGUCCAUGAUGGAGAGCAACUUCAGUGACCACGACAAUGGCAAAAGAUUCGUAGACAUGGUGUACUGCAGGGCACCCACUCCAGUGGAGAAGACCAAUAAAAACGAGGCAACUGAAAACAACAACAAGAUCACAGCUGUAGAUCAAUACACACUACCUAGUCAAGCUACGCCCUCCAAAGAGCAGAAACGAAAAAGUAGUAUUGGAGGAUUUGGCUUGAAGUCAGAAAACACCGGGUCCACCAAGAGUUCCAACAAAACAGAGCAAGAAAAGACCUCCCGAAAACGGCUGUGCUCAACCCUCAAGAACCCCGCUGCAGACCCUUCUUCCAGUACACCGACUAAAGGCAAAAAAGUGAGCAGCACUAAAGAAAACACCUCAAAUGUUAAGAAAAGCACCUCAACACCCAGUGGAACCCCCUCCAAAACUAAAACCUCAAACCCACUUUUAGACUCAACGCCACAGCAUAAGCCAAGUACUCGCUCUACACCUCAGUCUUCAGCUUCUCCUUCUCCUACCGCAAAGAAAAACCUGAGUCCCACUGAGAAAGGUUCCACGAGCAGCCGGAAACGACUGGUAGAGAGGAGUUACAGCAAAGACUCAAUGCUCACCAGCCCCUUGGUCGACAGCCUCCGAAGCAGCUGUGCAUCUCGUUCUUCACUUUCCAAAACAGAGGACGUAAAUCGGGCCGAGAGGAGGUCCGUGAGAAGCUCCAGCAGCAAUUCUUCUGUCACUAGCCUGCGCUCACCCAGCGUGUCCACUAGAGACCUGCAACGUAGCAGCAAGUCUGAGGAAAAAGGGUUGUCUUUCUUCAAGAGUGCCCUUCGACAAAGGGAAAAUCGCCGGUCGGCCGAUUUAGGCAAAAGCACAUUGCUGACCAGGAAGACCUCAGAGAGGACAUGUAAGCAGAAUGGACAAGCCAAGGAGAUGGACAAUGAUGAUCCAAAGACUGAAGAUGCUGUAUCUUUGAAAGCAUCUGAGACUCACAGAGGUGAGCCCAAGUCAGAGAAACAGGAGUCUUCCAAACCCCCAAGCUCUCUCAGUCGCACUCUACUAAACGUGGGAAAGUCCAAGUCUUCCACCUCAGAUGUAAGUAGCAAGUCCCCUGCAAACGGAAAGAAGCCUCUCGAAAGGAAGGCAUCUUCUCGAAAGCUGUCAUCGACCAUGCAAUCUCCUGCACGAACAGCACAGAGGCCUAAAUAAUACAUCUGUGGUAAAUAUGUUCAACAUAUUGUGCAGCUUAUUACUUUGUGCCUAGAUUUUAGUUAGCAGAUGUAUCUGAGAUGCAGCGUUUUGAGGUUAUGACUCUGUGUAAUUGUGUAAUACCCCUAGAGGCGUAUUUUAACUUUGAUAUUUGAGUAUCGUGGUCAUCUGGAGUUUUUUCAAAAAUGUUUUAGCUGAGGUAAACUCGCUAAUUUUAUAAUACAGCAACAGCAUAAACUUUUUAAAUUCACGGUCUAAGAAAUAUCCACCCACUCUACUGCAGUGGUACGUAGUUUCUGUUAGAGAAACAUGUUUUAGGUGAAAUAGGCUGAUGAUUCUGCUGCUUUACCAUUUGAAAGUCAAAAAGGUACAAAUACACAAAAUCAUCUCAUCAAAAUCAGCCUCUUAUACACAAAAUCAGCUCAUAAACAUUCACAGAUUUAAGAGUUUCAUUCCAAAAAUAAUUGCAACCCUAUGUUUUUUCAUUAGCAAUUUUCACUUUAUUCCACGGGUCAGUAAUGACCUUUGUUUUCAAAGGCUAAAGCAAUGGAUGGAGAGACAUUAGUACUGUAGAACAUUAGAAGUAAUCCCUCGAGCCUUUAGGAGUAGGAACAAACACAUCUUUAUUAGGAGUUUAAAUGAGGAUGAUGGUGGACCUGGACCAAUACAAAAGUCAUAGGGUAAUGAACUGUGGAAGUAUACCAAAAUUUUUAAAGUACUUUUUGAUAAAGAAGUUUUUUAUGCACCUAUGUAAUUUCCUAUGUUUUGGAAUGAAACCCUUUAAAGUAAAUGAACAUAUGUUGGAUCUCUACACACUCUGUUAAUAGUGUGUAGCCUGUUUGUUUUUCUCCAUGAGCAAAAGGAAAAUGAUCGUAAGCGCCUUUCAAUGCUGCACAUGAAAACAAAUAAUAACGGUAGUCUUGUGACGUGCGCGUCGCUGGUAGGAAUGUUCCUUUGGUAGCACUUUGUACAGAUAUUAAUGUAUGAUGAUAGUCUUCAGCCUUCGAAAGGCACAUUCAUCUCAAUGUUUCUACAGUAAUUCCUCCUUUAAUACACCUGGUGCUGGAACAGGCCACUGCUCUACUGGCACUGAUGGGUUUCCAAUAAGUUUAUCUUCAUAUGAUGAUGAUCAGAACUGUAAAUGGACAUCUCGGAAAAGCUGUUUCAUUUUAACCUUUGGUACCUCGUUGGAGAUGUGAUCUUUGCCGUCUUCAUUACUAGAGCAUCGAUUUUGAGCCAUUAGAUUUGUUAAAGUACAGAAGCGAGACUCUCCAAAUGCGGACAUGUCUGCCAAACUAUCUGAAAUGAUGUGGCAGUUUUACUGUAAAAUGCUAGAAGCUAAACGAGGAGCAGGCUAUUAUCCCAGCAGCAGUCAUUAGGCUAGUCCUGGUUUAGAUCUGAUGUUGCUGUAAAACUGCCCCACCUAUACGGGCAAUACUCUCACAUCCGAUACCAGCAGUGGAUAUGUUUUCAGCCAUCAACUGUGAGUAUACUGCAGAAUCACUUUGUACUAUACGUGGUUUUUGUUUAAGAUCAACAAUAAUUAAUGUAUCAGUAGCAUCUGUCAGGUUUACGGUCAUCCUUUUGAUGUUUGAGGAAAUGCCACCUUUAAGCAGCACUGUGUUAUUGAAAUGGCUUGGGCAGGGUUUUGUUGGGGUUUCUGGGGUUUUGGUCGGUGUUGGGGUGAAAUAAUGUUAAGUCAGGUUUCUGAUUCACCUCUAGUAGGUUAAACUAUUGUUUGGCUAAAUAAAGCCUACACACGCAGAAAAACGUUUAAGACAAAGUGACUGUAGUUUUAAAUGUUUGUCAAAAAAAGCCUGUUUCAGACGCGACAUCUAGAGACAUUUAGUAUGACUCUUCCCUGGCUAUCAAUGAUUUAGGUCAAGAUAAUUAGGUGGUUAUUUUUUCAUUUUUUUAUUUUUUCUGUGCACUCAUCACUUUUCUAUAAACCAGGCUGAAGGAAUAACACGUGUUUGAAACCAGUGGUUUUUCCCUCUUGCUGCUUUUGAAACUUCUAUCAGGAACACGUUCAUAGCACUUUGGACUCAGAGCAGGACACGUUUUUUUUGUGAAUUUACUUUCUGUAAUCUUUGCCACUUUUGUAAAAAAAACUUUUUGUUUUAUUUUAGAGCUGGCUCGUACUAUAUUACAUUCACAUGCUCAUUUAUGGAACUGUCAGAUUGAACAUAAACAUAAAAUAUAUAAUAUUAAUCUAUUCAUAUAACCCAGUGCAUUAGGAUAUGAUGCCCUUUAUUUUGUCUACUUUUUAUUAGGGGUGUAAAGGACGGUGUGACAAUCUGCAACAUAAGACUUAUUCAAAAUAUAUUCAUAACAUGUAAAUAUAGAUGAUAGAUUUAAGUGGCAUCAGCUUUUAUGCAACUUUUUAGUUGUAUUUAUAAUCGAUACUAGAAUCUGCCCCCCCCCCCCCCCCCCAUUUCACUACAUUGCCAAAAUUCUCACAUGUAAACAAUAACUAGGCCUUGCAUGUGAGGAUUCUCUCUUUCAGAUUUUAUUAACAAGCUUCUCAUCCUGCAGAAAUUUGGUGGAUUAAUUCUGUCUCGACAGACUAAAGCCGGGCGUACGCUGUGCGACUUUUUCACUUUUUUGAGCCGAUUUUCCAGUCGUGCGAGAAUCCACGAGGUCGGGGCGAGUUUUGCUCCGAGCGUCGUGUAGUGUACAGGGGGUUACGAGAGGCGAUUAACACCACGUGACCAGCUAACGAUCAGCAAUCGUGAGCUCGCACAAACUUCUGGCGUGUUUAAUAUUUUGCUCGUCCCUCGUGAGGGUAUCACACUGUUGAAGCGGCGCUGCAAGCAGCUGCGACCCAAAAAGUACCAGAACCGCUCACAGCGCAUGCGCAAUCAUGUAUCAACACCGCUCACCCGCAAUUUCCCUAAUAACACACGUUGUUCGUUUUUGUUUCUACACGUUUUUUUACUCACAAAGAUUAUCAAGAAAGCGUGUUUGUCGUGUUCAUGUCAAAUUAAACUGAUCACAAAACACAGAUUUACUUUCUUUAUUUCGUUUUCCUCAUCCAACCCCCAUAAAUCCCUGUGUGUCCUCCUGCAGCACUCCCGAAGGACAACAGGCAAGACAAGACAAAAAAAGUCUGACGUGUUGAGUAAAAACUGCUAUUUUUAGCACAUUUUUAGGGCCGACGUGUUGCUACCAGACGUACAGUGUGAGCAAUCAGGUCGCAUCCGAGAACUGGGUCGUGCAGUGUGAGCACAUGACUCGUGAGAUCUGCCCUGCGAGGAAAUCGUACAGUUUGAGCUGAAGCUGAGUGCUACGAGUGAAAAAGUCGCACAGUGUCCGCCCGGCUUUACACACCGACUUGCAACUAAAUCACUCUAUUCAUAUACACUUUUUCUGUUUUCUUCAUCCUUCCUGCCCAGGGCCCUCAUUUAUCAACCGUACCUAUGCAAAGAUCUGUGUGCAUGUUUUACUUGUGUGUAUUCCUAAAUAUAAGAAAACCUCUGAUCAAGCUUACAAACAGCCUCUAGUGGUAGAACGAGGGAGCUGCAACACCAAAGGUCAUCCAUACAUGUUCCUCAUCCACUAAUUAUUUUACCCAAUAAAUAAUUAUUUUGGUGGAACAGCUGUGCUAAAACCUAUUUAAGACACCUGUGACCGACAGGAAUCUGAAAUUGUAGCAUGGCUUACUUUGUGUUAUUUUUUAAUAAUCUUUACUCUUCCCAUUUUUAUGACAUUUUAAUCAUUUUAAUUUAUUUAUUAUAACUUCUUUAUUUAAUUAAUGUUUGUGUUCUUGUGAAGCACCUCGUGAUUUUCAUCUUGAGAUGUGCUUUAUGAAAGAUUGUUUUUUUAUUAUUGGAGAAUUUGGCAGAGCGUGCAAUCAAGAGGGGACGGCUCCUCCCGAUCUCCAGGACCAGAAUUAAAUUUCCCUGCUCAACAAUUUAUCAUAUUAAUUUUUUUAUUUAUUUCUGAUGAGGAUCUCUCCUCUAUCCUGACCACGUUUAUAACCUCUGCCAACAUUUUUGCUUCUUUUGCACUUUGGCAGCCAGUUUCUCAAUCUCUCUGUCAAUAAAGUUGUCUUUUUUAAAAUAUUUUUUGGGAAGGACCUAUAUUAAUGUCGAUGGGAAGGACCCAGGGAAUUCCUUUAUGAGCUGCUGAAGACAUGAUGUAACUGAAUAUUUACAUACAGAAAUGCUCAUUUCUGUAUGUAAAUGAGCACCUGGGUAUGCACAGGUGGGAUUUAUCAUCAGACGAUUGCAGACGAACGCGCGUAUGCGUGGCCACCGCAUGUUUCAUUAAUCAGGAUUUCACUGUUUGUACGAACAUUCUAAACUUCGUUCAUAGGAAGAAAAAUAGAAAUAUUUCUACGAUUGUUUGAUGAAUGAGGCCCCUGGCAUCUUGCUUCUUACCUUGCAGUGGAUGUCUACUUUUGAUUUAGUAAAUUUGUCAAAAUGUACAGAAAUGAACCUGGUUGCAAAUUUCAGUAUUGCAUGAUAAGACUAAUGCAUGCAUUUAUCAACUAUGCAAGAAUCUGCAGCUGUGUAGUGUAUAAGCAGUGCAUGGCUGAUAUAUUCCAUGGCUUAAUUUGCACACCAUUUCCAUAUUUCUUAAAUAUGAAAUACAAAUACUUCAUAUCUGUGUAAACUGACUAAGCUUAAAAAACCUGACCUGUAAAAAGGUCUCUAAUGACAUCAUGGAUUGUUUAUUUUUUUUAUUUGUAUUCUGAUCUUUUUUAGGUGCUUCUAUACCGAUCUGGUGGGUUUAAUGUCUUUAAUAUUUCCUGUUGUACACCAGCAGAGAUAACACUAUGGAUGCGAUAAUCUGUACAUGGUUACUAUGUAGACUCAUGAUAUGUGCCGAUGUGUUGUGGAAAGCCUUCUAAUCAUUUUCUCUUGUCAUAGGUUUGUGUACACCUGGUGCCAUGCAUCAAAGAUGUGGUUUAUUUCUAAAAUAAAAAAAUACAAUAUGAAUGAUAAAGGUAGCUAAAUGCAAUAAUUAGAGAUAGUGAAUUUAGUUUUGUAAUACAGUACGUUAUGAAAACAGCAAAUAUUUAUUGCUUGUUAGUCAUUGCAGUAAGAGUUUCUGAAGCAUAUUAAUCAUCAUUAAUUGUAAACAGGCAGAUUUUUUAAAUUAAGGUGUUAUUUGUGACGUGUGUCUGAUGUAUUUCUAUUGAGUUCUGGUGUCGCUGUCCACACCACAAAUAGGUUCAGCUUUUUUAAAGGGUUUUGCACCAUUUCCUGCAUAAUGAGUUGCAUUGACUCCAAGAGCUAAAGUCGACAUCCUGGCAACAGAUUUACAGUUCUGCACAUUCUGUGGCAUUACAAAAACAAAGGCUGGUGGCUUCUGGAAGAGACUGCUUGAUAAUAAAGUUUAACAAUGCAUUGAUGGCCUUUUAGAGCCUUUUAAAACAUGUAAACACUAUGAUGCUGAAGCCUUAUGAGCAAAGGAAGUCUUGCUGAAUAAUUAGGUAGCUGUGUUAUGAAAGAAUGUCAUCUGUUUUAUUUUUUUAAAGUUAUUGUAAAUUAACACUCAAUGCAUAGAAUGUCUUCUUUGAAAUAUUUAAAGCAUUUGGUAAAACACAGUAUAUUGCACAUUGUUGAAUUUUAAUGCAUUCCUUGUUUAUUAUUGCCUAAAGCUGCAUCAUAUCUUUGAUUUUAGCAAAUGCCUGUUCAUGUUUUCCGACUACAUUUGGUAGUUUUUUAAAAGAAAUUUAAAUUCUGUUAAUUUAUUAUUUUUUAUUCUUUUUUAUUGCAUUUACACAUUUGUUUUUGUUAUUUCAUUCAAGAGUACAGUCGUGUAAAUACUUUGAUGGUCUAUCCAUGCAAGUACAGAAAUAAAAAAAAUCUGUUUAAACUUUAAA